AUGCCAGCAAUUAUGACAAUGUUAGCAGACCAUGCAGCUCGUCAGCUGCUUGAUUUCAGCCAAAAAUUGGAUAUCAACCUUUUAGACAAUGUAGUGAAUUGCUUAUACCAUGGAGAAGGAGCCCAGCAAAGAAUGGCUCAGGAAGUACUGACACAUUUAAAGGAGCAUCCUGAUGCAUGGACAAGAGUUGACACAAUUUUGGAGUUUUCACAGAAUAUGAACACGAAAUAUUAUGGACUACAAAUUUUGGAAAAUGUGAUAAAAACAAGGUGGAAGAUACUUCCCAGGAACCAGUGUGAAGGGAUUAAAAAAUAUGUUGUUGGACUCAUUAUCAAGACAUCAUCUGACCCAACUUGUGUAGAGAAAGAGAAGGUAUAUAUCGGGAAACUAAAUAUGAUUCUUGUUCAGAUACUGAAGCAAGAAUGGCCCAAACACUGGCCAACUUUUAUCAGCGACAUUGUGGGAGCAAGUAGGACCAGUGAAAGCCUCUGUCAGAAUAAUAUGGUGAUUCUUAAGCUCUUAAGUGAAGAAGUGUUUGAUUUCUCUAGUGGACAGAUCACACAAGUAAAAGCUAAGCAUUUGAAAGACAGCAUGUGCAAUGAGUUCUCACAAAUAUUUCAGCUGUGUCAGUUUGUGAUGGAAAAUUCUCAAAAUGCUCCGCUUGUACAUGCAACCUUGGAAACGUUACUCAGAUUUCUUAACUGGAUUCCACUGGGAUAUAUUUUUGAGACCAGGUUAAUUGGCACAUUAAUUUAUAAGUUUCUGAAUGUUCCAAUGUUUCGAAAUGUCUCUCUGAAGUGCCUCACUGAAAUUGCUGGUGUGAGUGUAAGCCAGUAUUCGGAGCAAUUUGUAAUACUAUUUACAAUGACAAUGACGCAGCUUAAAAAGAUGCUUCCUUUAAAUACUAACAUUCGACUUGCAUACUCAAAUGGAAAAGAUGAUGAACAGAACUUUAUUCAAAAUCUCAGUUUGUUUCUCUGCACCUUCCUUAAAGAACAUGGCCAGCUUAUAGAAAAAAGAUCAAAUCUCAGGGAGACUCUGAUGGAGGCCCUUCAUUAUAUGUUGUUGGUAUCAGAAGUAGAAGAAACGGAAAUCUUUAAGAUUUGUCUUGAGUACUGGAACCAUUUGGCAGCUGAACUCUAUAGAGAAAGCCCGUUUUCUACAUCUGCCUCACCACUGCUGUCUGGAAGUCAGCAUUUUGAUGUUCCACCCAGGAGACAGCUCUAUUUGCCCGUGUUAUCUAAGGUCCGUUUACUGAUGGUUAGUCGUAUGGCUAAACCAGAGGAGGUGUUGGUUGUCGAAAAUGAUCAGGGAGAAGUUGUGAGAGAAUUCAUGAAGGAUACAGAUUCCAUAAAUUUGUAUAAGAAUAUGAGAGAAACAUUAGUUUACCUUACUCAUCUGGAUUAUGUCGACACAGAAAGAAUUAUGACUGAGAAACUUCACAAUCAAGUGAAUGGUACAGAGUGGUCGUGGAAAAAUUUGAAUACAUUAUGUUGGGCAAUAGGCUCCAUUAGUGGAGCUAUGCAUGAAGAGGAUGAAAAAAGAUUUCUUGUUACUGUAAUAAAGGAUCUAUUAGGAUUAUGUGAACAGAAAAGAGGCAAAGAUAAUAAAGCUAUUAUUGCAUCAAAUAUCAUGUAUAUAGUAGGUCAGUAUCCAAGAUUUUUGAGAGCUCACUGGAAAUUUUUGAAGACUGUCGUUAACAAGUUGUUUGAAUUUAUGCAUGAGACCCACGAUGGAGUCCAAGAUAUGGCUUGUGAUACUUUCAUUAAAAUAGCACAGAAAUGCCGCAGACAUUUCGUUCAGGUGCAGGUUGGAGAAGUGAUGCCAUUUAUUGAUGAGAUUUUGAACAACAUAAACACUAUUAUUUGUGAUCUUCAGCCUCAGCAGGUCCAUACAUUUUAUGAAGCUGUGGGGUACAUGAUUGGUGCACAGACAGACCAGACAGUGCAGGAGCAUUUGAUAGAAAAGUACAUGCUGCUCCCUAACCAGGUGUGGGACAGCAUAAUCCAGCAGGCCACCAAAAAUGUGGAUAUACUUAAAGAUCCUGAAACAGUGAAGCAACUUGGUAGCAUAUUAAAAACAAAUGUGCGAGCCUGCAAAGCUGUUGGUCACCCAUUUGUAAUUCAACUUGGAAGAAUUUAUUUAGAUAUGCUUAAUGUAUACAAGUGCCUCAGUGAAAAUAUUUCUGCAGCUAUCCAAGCUAAUGGUGAGAUGGUUACGAAACAACCACUGAUACGAAGUAUGCGGACAGUGAAGAGGGAAACUUUAAAGUUAAUAUCUGGAUGGGUAAGCCGCUCCAAUGAUCCACAGAUGGUAGCAGAAAAUUUUGUUCCUCCUCUAUUGGAUGCUGUUCUCAUAGAUUAUCAGCGAAAUGUCCCAGCUGCUAGAGAACCAGAGGUUCUUAGUACGAUGGCUAUCAUUGUCAACAAGUUAGGAGGACAUAUAACAGCAGAAAUACCACAAAUAUUUGAUGCUGUUUUUGAAUGCACACUAAAUAUGAUAAAUAAGGACUUCGAGGAAUAUCCUGAGCACAGAACAAAUUUUUUCUUGCUGCUUCAGGCUGUUAAUUCUCACUGUUUCCCAGCAUUUCUGGCUAUUCCACCUGCACAAUUUAAACUUGUUUUGGAUUCCAUUAUUUGGGCUUUCAAACAUACUAUGAGGAAUGUUGCAGAUACAGGCCUACAGAUCCUUUUCACACUCUUACAAAACGUUGCCCAAGAGGAAGCUGCCGCACAGAGUUUCUAUCAGACCUACUUUUGUGAAAUUCUUCAGCACAUUUUCUCUGUUGUGACAGAUACCUCACAUACUGCUGGUUUGACAAUGCAUGCAUCGAUUCUUGCCUAUAUGUUUAAUCUGGUGGAAGAAGGAAAAAUUAAUACACCAUUAAACCCUGGAAAUCCACUCAACAACCAGAUGUUUAUCCAGGACUAUGUGGCUAAUCUCCUCAAGUCUGCAUUCCCUCAUCUACAGGAUGCUCAAGUUAAGCUCUUCGUGACGGGACUUUUCAGCCUGAAUCAGGAUAUUCCUGCUUUUAAGGAACACCUUAGGGAUUUCCUAGUACAAAUAAAGGAAUUUGCAGGUGAAGAUACAUCUGAUCUGUUUUUGGAAGAAAGAGAAACAGCCCUUAGACAGGCUCAGGAAGAGAAACAUAAACUUCAAAUGUCUGUCCCUGGCAUCCUUAAUCCACAUGAAAUUCCAGAAGAAAUGUGUGAUUAAAAUCCGAAUCAGGCUGGGUUUUUUUUCUCUGUACAACUCUCGUUGGCAGAAGGAAACAGCAUCUAGAUAUUUGUCGACCAAAAUGAUGCCAAUUUGUAAAUUAAAAUGUCACCUAGUGGCC